AAAAAACAAUAAUUUUAUAAUUUGUUAAUGUUUAUUUAUCAGUUUAAAAGGAACUUAAAAAUGAUAGCUUAUACUAUCUAUCAAUCAAAAAAGCUUAUUAAUCUGAAAGUAUUUUUUUUUUAAAAAAAAAUAAAAGCUUUAAUUCUAAAGUCUGAACUGAUUGUAAGAGAGAGAAGGAUAGAGAAAAAGAAACUAUUGAAGAUAUUACACUAAAUUUUGUUAUAUUGUUAAGAAAUAAUAAUAAUAAUAAUAAUAAUCAUAAUACGGCUAUAUCAAUAAUAAUAUAGAUAAUAAUUGAAUAUUUCCUGCUUUAGCAAAUUUCUCCAUGAAUUAGUAACUGAUCAACUUGAACGAAUAUUUUCGAAUAUGCAUAUCCUAUUGAUUUUCUUUUAUGAAUGGUAUUAGCGGUCGUCUCUGAGCUUGGAACACAACUAGACUUGUUAGCUACAACAGAAAAGUCAGUAGUUACUUUAUAACUAUUCGAAUACCAGAAAAAAAUGGAAGUUAUUUUAGCAGAAGAUAGUAAACCGAUCACUGUUUUUAACUCAGCUAUCGAAAUACUUAAUCAGGAUAUAACUAAGAUAAGGGAGAGUAGCGAUCUAAUUCAAGAUUAUGAUAAUAUUUUUGAAAAUUUACAAGAACAUACUAACAACACCACUGAUUUGUUAAAUAGUUCAAAAGGUUACUUGGAGAUAUUUCAGGAUAAACAAGCCGAAAUUAGGCAAUCCCUAAGCAGAAUAUCUGAAAAUAUUUCAUCCAAGAUUAAUAGCCAGUACGUUCCGUAUGCCAAGGAGAGAAAUAAAGUGAAGAAUGAUGAAGAUAGGAUGCAUAAAAGGCAAAAAUUGAAUAAAAUUACUCAUGCCUAUCAGGUUCUAAAUAAACAAAUCAAAGAAUUAGCUCAAUUCUGUUCUCUGAUGGAAAAAGACAAUCUAAAGAUAACAGAGGAUGCUGAAAUUCUUAAUGAAAAUAUGAGAAAGAUUCGUGAAGAGAUUGAACAAAAGAGGAUGGUGGCGGAAAAGCUGAAGAAAGAGGAGGAAGAUCGGAAGAAGGCGGAGGAGCUGGAAAGAAUACGAGUUGAGGAAGAAGAGAGGAAGAGAAAGGAGGAAGAGGAGCGGAAGAGGGAAGAGGAAGAAAAUCUUCGACUAGAACAAGAAAAGUUAAGAAAGAUCGAAGAGGAAAAGAAACGCAAGGCUUUGGAAGAGCGCUUAAAAAAAGAAGGCGAAGAGAGGGAAAAGAGAAAAAGGGAGCAAAAACGUCGACAAGAAGAGGAAAAAAAGAAGCAGGAACUCGAAGAGAAAAGAAGAGAUAGACGAAAUUGGCCCUCCCAUACAUAUACAAUAUCCAAAGAAGAAGAUAUGACUGCUACGGGAUUGGGUUGCCACCUAAAAGCUUUAGAGGAUGAUUUAUCAUUCGACAAUGUUACUUGCAGAUUGGAAGAAGACUUAAAUAUGAUUUCUCAACAUCCAUUUGACGAUAAUGCUGAUAUUGUCAGCAACAUACUCAACUUUCAGAUAAAGUGUACUAAAACAAUUAGAUUUCAAUAUCCAGUAAUUGUGUCAAUACCUCAUCAAUCCUGUCGGAAAGUAAAUACGAAAGAGAUAAUAGUAAGAUUAUUUACGAGCGAUGGAUGGAUUGACGUAAAUCCCUUAAACUCUAUUAACGAUUCGAAGAUAAUGGAAAGUCUAAAAUCAACCGAAGGAAAGAUUCCUCUCAUCCAUUGUCAACUCAAGUACCUUGAGCCGGUUGUAAAAGUGUGUGUAGUUCAUAGGCCUAGAGUUGAAAAAGAGAGAGUAAAGCCGGAUAAGGGUACAACUGUUACGUCGACAAUUGAUUCGCGAGUAUCAAUAAGGAUUCCAAAAAACUCUUUUGGUAAAAAAACUGAAGAAAUAGAGCUACAGAUACUACAAACUAAUAAAGAUGCUCGAGUCAGAUUAAGAAAAUUCUUUAAUAUGCCAGAAUCUUUCCUAGAAACGAGCGUGGUAUUGAAUUUGAAUAUGCCGAAUAUUGUAAAAAAUGGAGUUUUUAUCGGUAUGCCUUUCCCCGGUACCGCCUCUGUGAAAGCCAGAAAAACGAGUAAAGUAAAAACGCCAGGGGCUUCUUGUCAAGUUAGAGAAAAGACUCAGCUUAAUUUAGGAGAAAAGAUCGUUAUCGUUACAGAGACGGAAGACGGCUAUCACGUCAAGGAUGGUUUGACCUACGAGAUCGUUGAUGAUACAGUUGAAUUUCUUGUGAAAGAGAAGGUUAAGCGAAUAUUUCUAAUAACGACGACAAGCGAUUCUACCAGAGAUGAUAACAUCAAUAUUGCUCAAAAUAUAAAGAUUUUGGUAACUCAAAAGAAAGCGGCUAUUUUCCAAGUUAGCCAAAUAGUUGACAAUCCAAAUAAAAUUGCCAUAGUAUGCUCCAGUUCAGAUAACGUGAAAAGCGAACAAGCAGAUUUAGAAGGAGCAGGAUACUCGCUUAUUUCUGGUGAUUCGGAAAUAUGUGUAAAUGAGGGUGAAAGGCUCUUGUUAAACUUUACUAAAAAUGUCCAGUUUGAAGAAAAGAUUCCUGCUUUUUACUUUUUUCAAUGUAGAUCAUUUAAAGUGUACGCAUCAGUUAAAGUAGUUGAACCAUAUGCUCAGAAUGGACGAGAGUCUUAUUUCGGUAAGUUGCAAGUCCUUUCCUAUUGCAACCCUAAUGAAGCGGAAACCGGAAAAACCAAAGUGCAUUGCGAAAUUCAAGUGGACUUACCAAAGAAAAUGGAGAGGUGUCCAACACCCAAGAGGACAUCAUCUGUACCAAUAAGAGAAAAAGGACUUUUAAACCAAGAUUACUUUGAGAGAAUAGCCCACCAAUUAGUAACAAACUGGAAGAACAUAGCCGAAAGUCUCAAAUUAUCUACGGCUACAAUUGAUAGGAUUACAAAAGAGAAAGAUACGGAUGAGGAGAGAGCUUAUUCAGCUUUAAAAGCGUGGUAUAGUCUAUGCGCCAUAAACGACGAUUGCGUAAGACUUUUAGCUAAUUCUUUAAAAUUUUUAUCUUUUGGAUCAUCGCUUUCACUUCUUUUUGUUCACUUGAAUUGAAUAGCUACAACAGUUCAUUCUGGCAUUGGACGAAAAUGGAUACGCUCUAUUAGCAGAUGAUCUAGAAGAGGAGUAUGAGAAAAUACGUGAGGCCACGAAUAAACAAAGGCAAGAGAAAGUGCUAAAAGACAUCGUGCGAAGAGUUGUUGGGGAUUUCGAAGUGCAAAAACAAUGGAAAGAGUUGGCCAUUAAAUUGGGUUUGAAAGAUAAUGAGCUAAAUGAUUUAGAGAUUAUAGAAUCGAGAAGGGAACGGGUCAGUAGGGUACUUGAAGCCUGGAAGGAAAGAAAAGGUGCCGAAAUUCACUUUCUAUAUAAAGCGUUGAAGAGGGCUAAAUUACAUUCGGCAACACGUGAAGUUGAGAAAUUCUUAAGAUGAUGGACAAUGUAAUUCUCAUUAAAUAAAUAUAAAGCCAGAAUUAAAAUCUAUUAUUAUUAUAAUAGUACUUUUCAAAAGAAUGUUUACUUUUCUACUAAGUCCACAAGAAC